AUCAAGGAUGUUAAAUAUAAGAUGUAACAUGCAUCAAAUUUAAGUAAUAAAAUAGCCUCUGCCCUUAAAUGUAACUUAAGCAAAAGUUGGCUGCAAAUGCUCUGAAAUUGUAUAAAUCAAACUUGUUCUAGCAAGAUUUACAAAGUAGAGACUUGGUUUACUUUCUAAGCAAAAUUUACAAAUCAAAUACUACUAGUUAGCUCAAGAUUCAUAGAACUGUUGCAUCACGAACAAAAAAAAAAAGACUAUUUGGGACAUCUUAUUAAAUGAAACAAGAGUGCGAGGUGGAGGACCAAGAAGACAGAAGAGGUCUUUCUUCCGUCGUAGGUUACUCUCUACCAAGAUAAUUAAACUGUUGUCGCUUCAUCGUACUAGCAGACACUAUCUACCACAAGCUUCACAUGUGGGAGAGCUAGCCAACAAAACAUGAUACGGAAUGAAUUUACGUCCACAAGUCAGGAAGUCUCAUAUUUAUAUCAGAAAGAUACUUCUUUGUAUAAAUAUCGUUAAGACAUUCAAAGAAGUUGGAGCAGAGUUACCAUAACUUGCAAAGCACGGUGGUGAGAGAACUGUUUCUUAGCUAUUCUUGCUGGUCUUCAAAAUGGAAGGAAAACAGGUGACCAGAAGACUAGUCCUGGUUCCAGUUCCAGCUCAAGGACAUAUAACUCCAAUGAUGCAACUAGCGAAGAUCCUUUACUUGAAGGGCUUCUCAAUCACAGUUGUUCAGACAAAGUUCAAUCGUUUUAUUCCUACAGAUGACUUCAUUGAUGUUCAUUUUGUCACCAUCCAUGAAAGCUUGCCGGAGUCUGAUUUCAAGAAUCUCGGACCAAUACGGUUUCUGCUUAAGCUCAACAAAGAGUGUCAGGUGAGCUUCAAGGACUGUUUGGGUCAGUUACUUCUGCAACAAAGUAAUGAGAUCUCAUGUAUCAUCUACGAUGAGUUCAUGCACUUUGCUGAAGCUGCAGCCAAAGAGUUUAAUCUUCCAAACGUCAUUUUUAGCACACAAAGUGCCACGGCUUUUAAAUGUCGCUCUAUGUUUGGCAAACUCUAUGCAAACAAUGUCUUGGCUCCUCUAAAAGGACCAAAAGAACAACAAGAAGAGUUAGUGCCAGAGUUUUAUCCCCUGAGAUACAAAGACUUUCCGGUUUCACGAUUUGCAUCAUUAGAAAGCGUAAUGGAAGUGUAUAGGAAUUCAGUCGACCAAAGGACAGCUUCCUCUGUGAUAAUCAACACAGCGACUUGUCUAGAGAGCUCAUCUCUAAAUUUUCUGCAACACCAACGGCUAGAAGUUCCAUAUUAUCAUAUAGGCCCUCUUCACAUGGUGGCCUCAGCUCCUACAAGUCUGCUUGAAGAGAAUAUGAGCUGUAUCGAAUGGUUGAAUAAACAAAAGGUAAACUCGGUAAUAUACAUAAGCCUGGGAAGCUUAGCUUUGAUGGAAAUCAAUGAGGUGAUGAAUAUGGCUUCAGGAUUGGCUGCUAGCAACCAAUACUUUUUAUGGGUGAUCCGACCAGGUUCAGUACCUGGUUCAGAAUGGACAGAGUCCUUGUCUGAUGAGUUUAGUAAAAUGGUAUCGGAUCGGGGUUACAUAGUGAAAUGGGCACCGCAGAAGGAAGUACUUGCUCAUCCUGCAAUAGGGGGGUUUUGGAGCCAUUGUGGAUGGAACUCAACACUAGAAAGCAUCAGCGAAGGAGUCCCCGUGAUUUGCAGGCCAUUUUCGGGUGAUCAAAAGGCGAACGCGAGGUACUUGGAGUGUAUUUGGAAAAUUGGGAUUCAAGUGGAGGGUGAAAUGGACAAAGGAUCAGUCGAGAGAGCUGUGAAGAGGUUAAUGGUGGACGAAGAAGGACAGGAGAUGAGGAAGAGAGCUGUAAGUUUGAAAGAAAAACUGAGAGCCUCUGUUAUAAGUGGAGGUUCUUCACACAACUCGCUGGAGGAGUUUGUACACUUCAUAAGAAGUCUGUGAAGAUGGUUGUCUCUAGCUACUUUUUAAGUCCAUGAUUCCAUCUUCUUCGGAUAACUUGUUCACUACAUAGACAAAUAUAUUUAUCUUUACAUUCUAAGAACACUUCAAAUCUAAAUAAUAUGAUAGUUUCUGCUCUUGACAUUGCUCUCAGUAGCCUUCCAACCGUACCUUAAUCCAUUCCAUUUCUUGUAUUUUUUGUGUUAGAUUUGAUCUACAGCUCACUAACUCCGGUUCAACUAUAAAAAAAAUGUUUUAGGGUAUACCUUUAGGUGGCUACCACCAACUCUCAUACGAUACAAAACAAAAGAAACCAAAAAAUAAGUAAACACGUUUUUCUUGGAGUUAAUGUCACUUUCUUCCUUCUACUAAAUGCCAAAGCAAACACACAGGCGGACGCAAGUAGAAGAGUAUGGGUCAGUUGACUGAACCCAUUGAAGAAAUUCAGCUUUCGUAUGGUUUAAGUUACAAUAAGCUAAUGUUCUUCUAAUCUAUGCAAACAAUGUCCUGGCUACCUUGAAGGGUACUCUAAAAUUAGUUUCGGGUUUCCCCUAGUGUCUAUAAUGUUAUAUCAAUAAGGUUUUAACCUUUUCGCAGAACUCAAAG